UCACAGACUCACAUCGGGAUCUUGGGGGAUUUGGUGGGAAACGAAGCACCUUCCCAAUCAAACUCUCCGCCAAGAAAAUGAUUGCAUCGGCCGGGAAUCGAACCCGGGCCGCCCGCGUGGCAGGCGAGCAUUCUACCACUGAACCACCGAUGCUUGUUGAGGAAGGACGGGAGGGGCUGGCUGUACACGGCGCGCCGCCGCCGGGAGGAUGGCACCGCCGCUCCGCGCCCUCCGCGACGACCGCGACCGGGCCGCGGCGAGCCGCGCCCGCCGGACUAGCCGGUUGGGGCGGGCGGAGGGGCGCGGAGCGCGGAGGCCCCGCGGACGGCCCAAUGAGCACCUAAAGUCGUGAAAGGGCGAGAGGAAGGAACCAGCUUGCCGACGGCUGGGAAGCCAUCGUGUUAGCUAGUCUAGCUUAGCUAGGUGUAAGGCACCACUGCUCAUGAUGGUGGAACUGUGGAAGUGUAAGGGGGGAGGGGCCCGGCACGGGGUCGCUCUGGUCAUCAGUCACCCACAUUGACACUGUCAUUCAUGUGGACACCGUCACUGCCCGACAUGCGGUGCUAGAACGUGUGGUCCUCUAGAAUGAUUUUCGCUGUGUACAGGAGCGUUACUAUGGUUAUGCGGCUCCCAGCGGGGCCGUGCCGUGCCGCGGGUGACGCGGGCCGCACGCCGCCGGCUCCGUGGUGCUGGCGCCCCCGAGGGGUGCGACGCCCCCAUGCCAGGCCACCGGAGGGGGUGGCGCCCCGGGCCGGGGGCGCCGGGGGCGCCUGGGGCAGCGGGGGCCGCACGGUAGCCCCCGCAAGUCAGUCGGGCAACAAUGCUGAGCGUGCAGGCACGUGUAUGCCGACUGACGCCGCGCUGACGCCGUGCUGACGGCGGCGGCCACCUUCAGGGACUUCAGCAUGGCGACGGAACCGGAGGUGCGCCAGUACCUGCGGCGCCUGCGGUUCAAGCGGCGCCUGGAGGGCCCCCGCCUGGACCUGCGGCCGCGCGUGCACGCCCCCACCGUGCUCCAGAAGAUCUUCAAGCAGAGGAACCAAAAGCGGUCCGUGUACUAUGUCACGAGUGGGCGCCAGAUCCCCGAGGAAGAAGAGAAGGCGGAAGGGGUGGGCGAGCAGGAGUCGGAGGCCGCGGAGGAAGGAAGCAGAAAGAAUGAGAAGAAGGGAAAGCAGAAGGACAAGCCCUUCUGGGUGCCACCGGACGAGCACUUCGCCCCGUUCGUCGCCUUCCAGAAGGAGCAGACGGCCUUGGAGCGAAGGAAGGAGUUGGCACUCCCCGUGCACAAGAAGCCAAAUGCGCGCACCAGGCUAACUGCCGACCUCCUCCGCCGCCUGCACAUCCCCGACGAGCCUCCCCCAGCGGAAAAGACGAUGGUGGACAUGGACCCCGAGUUCUACACCAUCGUAGAGGGGCGGCCGAACCGCGAUCGCGUCAGCGUGCGGGAGUACAUCAGCCACAUCCGAGACCUGGUGCGCGUCCGCCUGAAGAUCGGCUACAACGAGGACGAGAGCAUCCUGGUGGACGAGCAGUUCCGGCUGGAGCGCGAGCGGCUGGACCAGAUACUCGGCCAGCAGAAGCAGUACGUCGACCUGUUCGACCAGUUCCUGGCCGAGGACCAUGCCACCUCGAUGGAGCUGCUCAAGAAGGCCGACUUGGCCGCCAGGCUGUCGGCCGAGAAGGACGCCGAGAUCAAAGUGUGGAUCCGGACGAAGGGGGUGCUGCGGACGCAGGACAAAUCCCUCCCCCUUAUUCAGGUCAGGCACUAUGAGAUGCUUUCCGAAAGGAAGAGCUAA